GAGAGGAUCCGGUUCCUCCGGCAGCAGAUCCUGGAUCAGAGGAGGACGGUUGGGAAAGCCCUGAUGAGGUCUGCAGCCAGGAGGCAGGCUGACGGAGGAGGAAGAGGAGGGGGACGAGGAGGAGAGAGCCGCCUUCAGACUCUCCUGCUGUGGUUACCUGGAGGUUCUCACCUGUCUCACCUGCUGGGUCUGUCAUCAGUCAGCUGUCUGGCCUGCGGUGAGGUGGUGAGACAGGGGGAGGACAACAUGGUUGCCUGUGACGUCCCACAGUGCUCAGGCCUGUACUGUCGGCCAUGUUUCCACGGUUUGGGAAACACAUGUGUCGUCUGUGUGCGACCUUUGACCUUCCAGGAAGAUGGCGAGGAAGAGUUGUGA